UGGAGCGAGCGCGGAGAAGAGCAGGGCGGCCGGGAGGGGAUCCCCGAUCUGCCCAGCGGGCUCCUCCGCGGCGACCUUCCGGCAGAAACUCGGGACCCUGCGGGAGGCGUCACUGAUUUCUGCUUGGCAUAUGAACCAAAGGCAAGAUUGGUCUACAUUCUGAGUGCUACCUUCUGCAAGACCACCACAACGGACCCUACGCCCAAGUCUGCCACACCGCCAUACCCUUACCCCACCCCAGACAUCACUCCGGGGUCUUCUUGUGGUCAGCACUGUGAAAAUGACCAGCACCUUCCUAGCAUGACGACCUUGGACCAUGUCAUCGCUACCCAGCAGUCGGAGUGGGUCUCUUUCAAUGAGGACCCACUCUUUCCUGUCCCUUCUGAGGGGGGCACCGAAGAGCACUUCCCGGGAUUGUCGUCUUCCUCAGAUCAGUCUGAGAGCUCCUCCGCAGAGAACCACGUGGCAGACGGAGGCUCCCAGGACCUUUCCCACUCGGAGCAGGAUGACUCGUCCGAGAAGAUGGGUCUCAUCUCUGAGGCCGCCUCUCCUCCUGGGAGCCCUGAGCACCCGUCCCCUGACCUGGCUUCGGCCAUCAGGAACUGGGUUCAGUUUGAAGACGACACCCCCUGGGCCAGCACAUCUCCGCCUCCUAAAGUAACAGGCCAACCACUGACCAUGCCCUGCUGGACGUGCCCUUCCUUCAACUCGCUGGGCAGAUGCCCUCUGACCUCCGAGAGCAGCUGGACCACACAUUCUGAAGACACCAGUAGUCCUAGUUGUGGACCCUCGUACACAGACCUGCAGUUCAUCAAUGCGGAGGAGCAGCUGAGUGGCAGGGCUUCGGGGGCCGACUCGACUGACGAGAGGACGGAGUGGCAGACAGGCAGGCAGACGGCGGUGAGUCCUGUUCAAGCAUGCACGGAAAAUACCUCCACCCGCACCCACACCCUGGACCCCUCGCCACCCUCGCCCCACUCCAGAAGGAGCCAGCGCCCCUGUGAGGGUCCGGAGGGGACCUCCACGCCCAAUGACAAUUCGUCCUCACUCCAGGAAGAUGAAGAGGUAGACAUGGAGGCCGUCAGCUGGCAGGCCAGCAGUCCAGUCAUGAACGGACACCCUGCCGCCCCAGUGACCUCUGCUCGUUUCCCCAGCUGGGUCACUUUUGAUGACAAUGAAGUCAGCUGCCCUUUGCCACCCAUCACCUCUCCCCUGAAGCUGAACACACCGCCUAUUGCAUCUGUGAUCCCAGAUGUUCCUUAUAACGCAACCGGCUCGUUUAAGAAGCGGGAACGUCCCAAGAGCACUUUGAUGAACUUCUCCAAGGUUCAGAAGCUGGAUGUUUCCUCCUUAAACCAUCCUCCUUCCAUAGUGGAGGCUCCGCCUUGGAGGGCAACCAAUCCUUUCCUGAAUGAGACUCUCCAGAAUGUACAGCCCUCCCCUAUCAACCCUUUCAGCGCUUUCUUUGAGGAGCAGGAGAGGCGCUCCCAAAACAAUUCCACUUCUAGCACCACGGGCAAAAGCCAGAGAGACUCCCUCAUUGUCAUCUACCAGGACGCCAUCAGUUUUGAUGGCUCAAGCAAACACCAGUCACACUCCGAUGCUCUUGAAAAACUCAAACAACUCCAAAUUGAUGACCCUGAUCACUUACGCAAUGCGACACUGCCUGAUGAUGACCCAGUAGCCUGGCUUGAACUAGAGGACUACCCGCCUGGUUUAGCAGUCUCCCAGCCCAGGGAUGGGUGGCCAAUGAUGCUAAGGAUCCCUGAGAAGAAGAACAUCAUGUCCUCCAGGCACUGGGGACCCAUCUACAUCAAACUGACAGACAGAGGUUACCUGCAGCUGUAUUAUGAGCAGGGCCUAGAGAAGCCAUUCCGCGAGUUCAAGCUGGAGAGCUGCCAUGAGAUUUCAGAACCUCGGCUCCAAAACUACGACGAGAAUGGCAGGAUCCACAGCUUGCACAUAGACCGCGUCACCUACAAGGAGAAGAAGAAAUACCAGCCCAAACCCGCCGUGGCCCACACAGCGGAGAGGGAACAAGUGAUUAAGCUGGGCACCACUAAUUACGAUGACUUCCUGAGCUUCAUCCGUGCCGUUCAGGACUGUCUCAUGGAUCUGCCCGUGUUGUCAAUGGACUUGAGCACAGUUGGCUUGAACUACGUCGAAGAGGAGAUUACAGUGGAUGUCAGAGAUGAAUUCUCUGGCCUUGUGAGCAAAGGAGACAGCCAGAUUCUCCAGCACCAUGUCUUGACACGGAUCCACAUUCUGAGUUUCCUCUCUGGGCUUGCAGAGUGUCGCCUAGGCCUCAAUGACAUCCUCGUCAAAGGGAACGAGAUAGUUUCCCGGCAAGACAUCAUGCCGACCACCACCACCAAGUGGAUCAAGCUCCACAAGUGCCGUUUUCACGGGUGUGUGGAUGAGGACGUCUUCAACAGCUCGCGGGUUAUUCUGUUCAACCCUCUGGAUGCGUGCCGCUUCGAGCUAAUGCGGUUCAGGACGGUGUUUGCUGAGAAGACCUUGCCUUUCACGCUCAGGACGGCCGCCAGCAUCAACGGGGCCGAGGUGGAGGUGCAGAGCUGGCUGAGGAUGUCCGCCGGCUUCUCCUCGAACUGUGACCCUCUCACUCAGGUUCCCUGCGAGAAUGUGAUGGUCCGUUACCCUGUGCCCAGUGAGUGGGUGAAAAACUUUCGCAGGGAAAGUGUCCUGGGGGAAAAGUCUUUGAAAGCCAAAGUGAACCGGGGGGCCAGUUUUGGCUCAACUAGUGCAUCUGGCUCUGAGCCUGUCAUGAGAGUAACUCUGGGAACUGCCAAGUAUGAACACGCCUUCAACUCCAUCGUGUGGAGGAUAAACCGACUGCCCGACAAAAACUCCGCUUCUGGUCACCCACACUGUUUCUUCUGCCACCUUGAGCUUGGCUCUGACCAGGAAGUGCCUUCCAGAUUUGCCAAUCACGUGAAUGUUGAGUUCAGCAUGCCCACAACCUCUGCCUCCAAAGCUGCUGUCAGAUCCAUCUCUGUGGAAGACAAGACGGACGUCAGGAAGUGGGUCAAUUACUCCGCACACUACAGCUACAAGGUGGAGAUGGAGCAAAAAAAGAGUCUGAAGCCGGACUUUGAAGGAGAGGAAAUGGAAAAUCCCAAGGAGUGUGGGGUCCAGUGAUGAAGCCCUCCCCAGGGGCCCUGACCUUAGAGUCACGAUAGGAUAUCAUCCUGAAUAGCUGAAGUUCAAGUCAGUACCUACUAUGACCACUCCAUGUUGGGAACAGUGCAUUGGACCUUCCUGUUUGUAGUUGCCUGCAUUGUAACAGGAAACCCCGAGGUGGUUGCUUCGGAGGCUCCGAUAGUGCCUGCAGCACCUGGUUCCCCUGACUUUUGGAGCUGGUUACUUAAGCCUCCUCCUCCUCUCUCUCACAGCGCGCUCGGGUGUGGUUUGUUGAGACUGUGAGAGUCAGGAAAAGAGCCUCCCACACUGGUGUUGGCAUGACUUCCUUCUGGUGUUCUUCUGUCACUCACAUGGGUUUCUGGAAAGUACAGUCUUGAGAAGUUAAUUAAGAACCCAUCUCUGCCACUCCCCCUAGAAACGGUUCAGCAAAGGGACAAAGCGAAUAAAUUUCCACGUUAGGUUUCCUAGUCCUUUCAUGGGUGUCUCCUCCGGUCUCUCAAUACUAGCACUAUGCAAUAGCAGUUUUUGAAACGCUUCCCUCCUGGUUCCAGACUUUUGGACUGAAACACUUUUUCCACCUCCCUAAGGUUUCAGUCACAGGGUUCGCCACCCUGAGUCACAAUGGACAAUGGAAAAAAGGGCACGAUGAGAUGCUUUUUCAGUCUGUGAUUAGUCCCACGUUCUGUAAAGGGAAAGCAAAACGGACCUCACGUUUCUUCAUGCUGGGGAAAAGAGACAUUAAUUGUAACAUCACGUUCAGUUGAGGAGACAGCUGAAUUCUCAGUGAAUUCCCAAAUCCACCCUGAAGAAUAUAGGCCAUUUCUGAUUUCUGAAACAAAUGGAUAUACAUAUAUAUAUUACCUCAGGCAUUUGGGAGCACCUUUUAUAUCGCAUAGCCAGUAGACAGUGCAUGUCCCUAUAACUCAGACUUUACAGGAAAUGUAUGCUGAAAAGAUUGUUCAAAAGCUGUUUCAAAAUUAAGUUUGUAUGAGCUUUUCCCAGAAAUUCAGAGUUUGAUAAUCAUAGUAUUGUAAUAGAUCUAAAAGGCAGAAGAUUCUAGGGGUACAGAUGGUGGAAAAGCCAUAUUUUUUUUCAGUGUUGGGAACCAUUAAAUCCUGACUCUAAGAGUCUGGGACACUUAAUUUUCUUUACUUUCAUUCAUUCCUGCUCACAUUCUAUACCUCUGCUUCUUAUUUGUAUGUUGGUAUUUUCUUACCAGAUAAGAAACUACAUCAGCCAUCCCAAGGGGAUACCUGCCCAACAACGUAAAGGCAGCCUCUAUCUGCCUUUCUGUGUCUCCAUGCAGAAUAGAAUAGGGGGACAGAGAGCACACUUACCAGAUUUGCAGAUGACCCAGAAAUAGACGUAUAUCCAGUCUGUUGACCAGCAGAUUCAGGAUUAAUUUAUUCAGUGAAUAGUCAGAAUAUUGAAUUCUGACUAUGUACUGACACUAGGAUAUGGAAAUCACUAUAAUUUAUUGAAAUACCUGAGCAUAAGACUGAAACUAAAAAUAUGAAACUGCAUAGGCAUUAAUGAGAAACUACAUUUGGAGUUUUCGUAAAUGAAACCCUCUAUGUACAGCUUGGUAUAUGUGGCUGUAUGUGUUUGUUGACGGGAAGGGUAUUGGAAAGCCCUGGUUUCAUAGCGGUGCAUGUAGAAAUGUUUUCUUUGGGAAAUAAUUCAAUUUUGAAUCAGGACUAUAUUGUGGCUAUUCACAAAGCUAUUUCAUCCAACCUGUGUUCACAGAAGUCCAGGGAGCAGCAGUGGUAAGCCCACCUCUGGAUGGAGGGGUGGGUUCAGUUCUGGGUACCAUACUUGAAGAGAGACCUUAAUAAAUAGAUUGUGUCCAGAGGCAGGUGGCCGGAGUUGUGAAGGGUCAGAUUAUAUAAGAAACAGGGGAAUAGUUCCCCUGGAGAGCAGAAGGUAUAGCAGGAAAGGAGGAAAUGAUGUAAUAGCUGUAUUGAGAUUUCCGUUGAGCUAGAAAAAGGGAGAGAACUUAGAUUUAUACUGUGUAGCUUCAAAGGGCAAAAAUAGGAACAAAGGGGAACUUUACACAUGACAGAUAUCUGCUCUACUAGAAGAAAAAGUUUUUGAAUAAGAGUUGUUUUAAAGAGGAAUGGACUCCAGUAGUAAAAUUUCCUGUUGGUGCAGAUGCCCAGACAAAGGUUAAGGUAACGAUCUGGCGCAGAUGCUACGAAAGGGACUCUUUACAUUGGCUCUGAGCUGGGUGACUGCCAAGAUCCCUUCUACAUAUAGGGUUAGGCUCAGUAGGCAUAGGGCUCUCUAACUCUAGCUGUUUUUCUUUGAUGAGGGGCCUGUCAUCUUCUUUGAUAUAUAGUGGGGUCCCCCAGAGAGCUUCGUCAAGUGAGGCUCCAAGGCGUUUCCCUUCCCCUCUUGUACUAAAGGCACAUGAGAUUCCUCAUAGGAACAUCAGGAUGAGUUGAAGAACUGGCAAGGUGAAGGCCAUUCCAGCCCCUUCCUCACCCAGGGUUAGCAUCCCACACACCGUCUCAAGAUCCCUGCCGCACCUGUGAGCUCACAGGUGUAUUGCUUGAGGGACCUUUAAUCCUCACUCGGUUAGUUUUCAUUGCCUUCGUGCUUUCAGCUAGCCUUUCUUAAAAAAUAAAACAAAUGCAGGGAGAAUCCCUUCUAUGCUGUCUUUACCUUCAGCAAGCAAAUUACUAUUAAUUUGGAAAAACCUACCACCUUGAUUUCUUCAAAUUUGUUUUCCCUCUCCUGUUUUGGGGAACUGAUUAUAGUAUUAUAUUUCCCAUUUAGGGGCAUGGGAAAUACAAUACUAUAUAUUUCCAGACCUAGUAUUUCGCUAACAGCCUCCACAGAAAACACAGUUGCAAAUUACCUUUUUGAUGUUCAGGUUCUAAGUUUGUCACCAGAUUUUGUGGGUGUGGUCCCAAAUAAUUCUGUGUUAAUAAUGUGAAAAUAUUAAAAGUGAAUUCAUUUUACCAAUACAUAGUAUUACUACUAGAACAGAAAUUACAUGUCACAUAUCAAGAGCUGUGUUUGGUGUUUUUUUUUUUUUUUUUUUUUUAGUCUAGUGGCUUGCCUUCUGACUUUAUAGUAAGAGGAGGAGAAAAGUACUCAUUGUGAUGUGUCAAACAAGAGAACAUGAGGUAAUCUGUGGGUGGGCAAUAAAGCCCUGUGCCACUCUCGUAAACAAGGUACUAGUUAUUCCUUAUCAACACUUUGCCUCUCACUUAUAUUAAAUUUUAUCUGGAGAGUUAUAAUUUUUAGCUGGUUGCCCCCCUCUCUACGUUCCUGCAUCAUUGAUGGGUUCAUAACCCUUGAGAACAUUUUUAAUGUGAAAUAUUUCUUAUUUGAAAUAAGUAUAAUUUCUAUUUAAUUCAAUGAGUAGGUGACGGUGGGAUUUAUUUCCCUAGAAAUUCACAGUCCUAAGAAAUGUGAUCCAUGAAGGCAAGGAAUGUAUCUUAAUUGUUGUUUCUAGGACUUAGUACAGAGCUUGGAAUGUAAUAGGUUUCAGCCACUUCGAAGCCUUGCUGAUAAGACAAACAUAUAUGAAUGAAAUAAAGGGAAAUUAUUAGGUAUUCUAUAAAUGUUUGCUGAAUGAAUACUUACCCCAAGACUCUACUUAACUCUUACUUAUCAUCAAAUACUUAUGUUAAAGCAAGCAUGCAUGCUUUAUUUCCUGGAAGUCUUAAAAAAUAAUUUUUCUUCCCUUUUAUUCCUGCCUCUGUUGUCAACUAAUGAUAACCAUCAGCCCUUACGCACUUAAUGUGCAGCUGAAUUUACACUAUAAUGUACUUUAUUCGCAUAGAAGAAAACAGAUACACUGUGCCCAAAGAUAAGUAACACAGAUGCAGCCCAUAGUCAAGAUGAUUGAUUCAGUUUUGUUCCUGUAAGUCAGACAGACCUGUGAGUCUGAGCCCUCCCCAUCUGAAUGGUCAGCAAGAGAAGAAAGCAUUUGAUACAGAACAUAGCCAGGCUUGGUGCACUAGGUCUGUUUUCCCCAACAUCAACCACUGACCAAGGUUACUGUGUAUUUCUUUUGUCACCAUGCUAAGAGAGAGGUCUGAGACAGUAAGGGCAAAACUCAUGAAAUGAAGUCAUGAUUUCAGAGCUGCUUUAAGUCUUGUAAUAAGUUGAGUGGUAGGAAAGCAGAGAAGGAUCUGAAUAUUAAGUUGACUUGAGUAGGAAGACCUGCCACCCAGUCCACUUUUAGAAAUCCUCUCCAUUGGGAAUGGUAACUUAGUUCUUCCACAAACAAUGAUGGUAAGUUAAUUCUAGCAUAUCUAGGGUUUAGUGCAUGUUAAGGAUGCAGUUUAACAGGAAAUUCAAACAAAAUUCACCAAAAAAAAUCCACAAAAAAAAUCCUCUAGGAAAUAAAUCAUCUCUAACACUUCACUGCCAAAGCCCAUCCAAACCGUGACAGCUCCCUGUAAAACCAGCCGUGGCCUUCUCACCAAGUUCUAAAGGGGUUUCCUAAACAUUGCCAAGGUCUCCGUGCCAGUUCCCUACACAUCACCAUUUCUUCACCGUUUCUUCAUUAUGCUCUUUGGAAAUGAAUCUUGCUUUGGACAUUCUGACUCAUAUGUAUGUCUUUCAGGAAUUAAAAGUGAACGAGAUGUAUAAGGCAGUCAUAAACACAGAAAAUAAAUGUUUGUAUCAGUGAUGUUUUCCCAUGUGUUAACUAAAGCAGGGAUACGGAAUUUUUACCUUUCUUCUGGUGUGCCUUAGCAAGCCUGAUGGAGAUCCUUGUCCCUUGUUUUUGUUUUGAGAAUUGAAAAACAAAACCAUGUCUGAACUUGCAAUUCCAGGCCUGUAGAAACUAUCCAUGGUCAUAGAUAGGUUCAGUGAUGCCUGAAGAGAGACAGAGAACAAUUGUAUGUAAUGAAAAGAUAGAGAGGAACAGACUAAAAAAAAUAGAAUUUCAAUAUGAAAAAGCAUCCAUAUUAAAUAUGAAUGAGAAUACAGAAAGACAAGACAGCACUGGCCAUUGAACCUCAAAAUACCUGAACUAGAGGCUGCCCCUUCAAGGCGAGGAGCUCUAGGAAAAAUAACAUUGCAUAACAGGGGUAGGUAAACGAUAGAAUUAAUUCAGCUCAACAAGUAUUUAUCAAGUGUCUCCUCUGGUCAAGGUGCUGUGCUGGCAGCCAACUUCCCAAAAGGGAGCCAAGGUCAAGCUUAAGGACACUGAGGACUACUGGUGGGAACCCACUGGUGGGAUUAAAAUUGGGGUUUCUGUGUGUCUUUAAGGGACACAGUCAUGGAGACAAUCGCCAUGUACAGUGACUUGCGAUUUUCCUAGUUGGGCUUCCGUAACCUCAACUAAAACAGUGAGGAAACCAGACUAGUUGUUCCCUCGGGUCCUUUCCAGUUUUACGGACUAUUUUACACAAAACCCUUUGGUGCCAUUGUCAGUGAUACUUCGUGCCAACGGAACUCUUCGUAUAGUCUUGAGAGCCUAGAAAUUUAAUAUUUGAAGAUUGGGAAAAUCAGCUGGCCCAUCUUUCUCCUGGUCAUGUCUCUACCCUUUACCACUGUCCAGACAACAGAAACACAGACAACCCUGCAAUCCUCUAUUUUGUAGCUGCCUUCAAAAAAUAGCUGACUACGGAGGAUCCGAAGGACGGUGAAUUCCAGCUGGAACGCUGCUCUGCAAGUCCCACGGGGUCAGCCAGCAGCACGGAAGUAGUGUGAGUGUGAAGGAGGGCAGGGAGCGCUCCAAAACCAGUAUUGGAUUUGGGCAUUACUCAAAGCAGAAGUAGGUCUAAGCCUCCAGCAUACUGAGAUACAUUAAGAUGAUCGAUGAUUUAUAUAGUAUGUCCUUUCAUACAGAAGACUGUGGAAAUUGGGGGAGGAAAAAUAAAUCACUCAGUAAACAUCCUGGGACUGGUGUCAUAUAGUUAUGGCAAAAGGAGAUGAGAGAAAGGGAUGGUCCUCCCUCUCUACCCUGCCUCUGAGUAACAAAAAUGUUGUUUUACGAAAUGUCAAGCACGUACACACUACAAAAUAGCAUCUCUUUUGCGGUAUGUGUUAGUAUGAUUUUAGUUUCUUGUGCUUAGAGUUGGUCAAACAUAAUGGCUCCAUUUGAACUGGACAGAGCAAGAAAGCCCCACGUCCUCUGCCUCAGAGCAGACUCCAUGCUCAUCAUGGACACCGCCUGACCACACUGUGACAGGAGCCUUCGGAACUGUGGAUUCCAGGACCAGCGACCUCACGUGGUUCUGAGAAAGCCAUGUGCAGAUCCUGACAGCAACCCGUUCGACCAAAGUGUCUGAGGGUUUUAAAGUAUGGGGGUGGCAAAAGGGGAGGUGAUGAACUCCCCUGACCCUAAGCUGACAUUCGCUUAACCUUUGUGUCCAACCGCCAACAGAGCCUGGAGAAAAUUUUACUGUGUUCAAGGAGUUAAACAGUGUUUUGUCCCAGGAGUGAUAAAAGAGCACCCCUACUCAACCCCUAUUUGUGAUGUCCAUAGCGAGUUUCAGCGUGCUAACGUGGAUGGACCCAGUGUCCAAUGAAUAAUUUGGCUGAUCCAAGGUUUGUAUUUUCCUUCAUUCAUCAUCCAUCCUCAUUCAGUGAAACUUUUUGUACUUUUGUGAUUAAUUUUAUGUAAAACUGGUUUACUUAAAAAAAAAAAAUAUGUGCCUCUAAUAAAGUCUACACACUGGCUAACUCUGUGGAGGUGGGGUUUUGUUUUUAAUUGUUCUGCUGAUUAUCAUCUGUAAUACUCUUUUUUUGAACUAUGAAAAUGAGCUAUUAAUAAAAUUUUUUAAGCAAAA